AUGCACCCCACACCCCACACUCUGCUCAGCGGCAAUGACCGACAAAACGACAACAACGACAACGACAACAAUAGCGACAACAGCCACGACGACGAAAACGACAACAACGACAACGGCAACGGCAACGAUAACGGCAACGACAACGAUAAUGGCAACGACAACGAUAAUGGCAACGACAACGAUAAUGGCAACGACAACGAUAAUGGCAACGACAACGACAAUGACAAUGACAACGCAACGACAACGACUACGACAACAGCAACGCCAUUACAACGGCGACGGCAACAACAACGACAAAGCAACGACAACUGCAAAGACAAAGAUAACGACAACGACAAUGACACCGACACAACAACGACAACGCAACUACAACGACAACGCAACGACAACGACUACGACCAUGCAACGAUAACGACAACGCAAAGACACAAUAACGGCAACAACAAAGACAACAGCAAUGCCAUUACAACGGCGACGGCAACGACAACGACAAAGCAACGAAAACUGCAACGGCAACGACAAUGA